UAGAGGGCUUUUAGAUUUAUCACAUGUAUGAAUUUCGCCGACUGCAUACUUCGGAAGCGUCCGAAACCCUAGCCGGAAAAGCUCGCGUUGACGGCCAUGGCGGAGCCAAGGAAGCUGAGAGGCCACAAAGCUACUGCUACUUGUUGCAUAGCUUCUCGUGACCGCCCCGGGCUCGUCGUCACCUCCGGCGAGGAUGGCUGCGUUUGUUGGUUCGAUUUGCGAUGCAAAGACGUGCAAUUCAUCAUGGAUGUUGGGACAGAACCAGUUUCAUCUCUUUGUUUCAAGACAGGAAACGAGAAUGUUCUGUAUGUUUCUUCUGGAAAUGAGAUCAAGUGUUUCGAUGUUCAAGCGAUGGAUGCUGCUUCAUGGAAGCCAUUGGAAUGUUACAGUUACAACAAAGAUGAAAUAAACCAGGUCGUUUGCAACGGGAAAUCAUCGUUUGUUGCAUCAGCAGAUGAUGCUGGUGAUGUUAAGAUCAUCGACGUUGGUCAGAAAUGCCUGUAUAAAACCCUCAGAGCUGGUCAUACAAGUAUAUGCAGUACUGUGCAAUUUAUCCCCUGGAGACCAUGGGAAGUUAUAACCGGAGGGCUUGACUCAAAACUUGUUAUGUGGGAUUUCUCGAAAGGUCGGCCUCAAAAGAUUGUGGAUUUUGGCUCCGAUACACAUUCAGGACAGUGUCUAAACCCUGCAUUUGUCCACUCAGUAGCGAUCCCGGAGGUCGAUAUGCUCGAUAAACUCGACAAAAUAUGUGUGGUGGCUAGGGGUGAUGGUGUUGUAGACUUGAUCAAUAUCGAGUCAGAACUUAAUGAUAUCAAAUCAAAGGCUUCUUCUUCCACCCGUCCCCGGAAAGGAGCUGCAUCGACAUCAAAAAGAAAUUCAGAGUCUUCAAAUCAGAAUGGGAAGAGAAGGGUUCAUCUCGAUUACUCUGUAGGUGGACACAGUGCUGCAGUUUCCUGCGUGGCGUUUUCCCUGUUCCGAGAAAAGGGCAGAUUCGUAAUCUCAGGCGGCAACGAUAAGACAGUUAAGGUUUGGGAUUGCUUUAAAUGUCUUGAUUCAGACCGAGCCGGGAAGAACAGUGAACUCCUCCACCUGAACAUCAACUUGAGAAAGAAGGUGAAUUGGCUCUGCACUACUCCGUCUGAUUCCGAGAACCUCGUUGUAUGCGAUACGACUAGAGUGGUUAAGGUUUAUUCAGUCUCUUAAGAUACGGAAACCUGGGAAAAUAUGCUGUCUUUUUCCAUGUAGAAUCUGGAAUUGGACGUUUUAAGUGUUACUUCAAAGGAAAGUUUAGUUUUUUUAUUCCUUUGUACUCAACAUGGGGGAGAAUACCGGUUAGUCAUUUUGGUUUAGUCUAAUUUCCGGUUAUUUCUCCCUCUAAUCAUCGGUUUAUUGUAUCCUUUGAAACUGAAAAAUGUCAUUUCGGUUUGGUCUGAA